CUCGUCGCCUCCCUCAAAUUCCACGACGAGCAGAAGCCAUUGUUCCGAGCCAAGGUCCCGCUGAGCAUUCUGGGCUUGCCUUUCCAAUCCGGAAUCGUCGCCGACGAAGCCAAGGAGCUCUCCCUCAACCUCUCGACGUUCUUUGAUUCCGGUUCGUCGUUCAAGGUCGCCUACCGCCCCAACGAUUCGUGGAAUCCGCUCUCCCUCGUGCUAAAGACGGGGUCGGGGUCGUCCGGGUCGUCCGACGUCUAG